AUUCCUCCUUCCUCCAUUCUAUAUACACUACACUUUCUUUCUAUUUUUUCUCAAACUUAACUACCAAAUAUAUUUUUUUAAUCGAUUUGUGAAGUUUUAUACUCUUGACUACAAUGGAUUCAAAAAAAGCAAUCCUUCUUUUUGGUAUAUUGGUCAUGAUUCUUCAUAUCUUCUCGCUGGUGUCCGCGCGGAACUUAUUUGGGACAUCAACUAAUAUUAAAGAGGAAGUUGUUGAAAAGUCAAAUAAAAUAAAUGAUGCCAAAUAUGGUUAUUAUGGUGGUGGUAACCAUAGUGGUGGUUACCAUGGUGGUGGUGGUCACCAAGGUGGUGGUGGUUACCAUGGCGGUAGCAGCUAUAGGAGAAGUGGGAAUCGAGAUAGUUACUGCCACAACGGCUGUUGUGAUGGGUUUUAUUACAAUAGUUGCGGAAGGUGUUGCUAAUAUACUCGUAAGGUAAGGUUGAUGAUGUACAUAUGUAAUAGUGAUAUUUCUGAAGUGGAAAUCUUGUUUAAAUGCAUCA